AAAAGCGAUUACAUUUGCUCUAAUAAUUAGAGGUGACAGUUUGUUACAGGCCUUGUUGUGUGAGGACCAUAGAGAGAUGCAGUGCUUACCUGUGAUAUUCCUUUUGAUAUCAUCUGUCUACGGCUCUGAUGAAGCAAGUAAAGAACGAAGUGAUAAUGUUGAAAUCACAACGAGAGCAAAUUAUGGUAUGAUAGGUGAUAUAAGUAACAAAGGUAGAAGAUAUAAUGUUGAUGACACAAUUGAUGUGGUUAAAGAUAAUAAAGAAGAAAGUAACAUAGCAACAGAUGAAACUGAAACACCGCUUAUUCCGUUCUCUAGAAUCGUACGUUCAUUUGAUUUCUACAAUGAUCUAUACGAUAGUUACAGACGUAAAAAUAUGAAGGAAAACAAAAAUAAUGACCCAAAAAAUAUAUUAAACGAUAUACGGACAAGAAAUACCCAAUCAAAUGCAUAUAACGAAGACCAAGAAAGAAGGAUGUUCUUCUCACAUAUCUUUUCUUUAUUCGACGAUGAUAAAAAUACGAGAAGAUCUGGGAAAUCUAAUGAAAAAAAUAAACAUUCCAAAUCGCAUUUUGAUCACGAAAUAGAUAAUUUUAAGAAUCCAAAAGCUCGUACAGAACAACCAAUAGUUCAAUACAAACACGAUUCACAUAAGAAAACAUCUUUAAAACGACAAGAUAUGGAACCUGAAUACGAUUCAUUCGAAUCAACUAUAGAAUCGUACUUGAACGGUAAACGAUUAUCAAAUAAUCAAUAUAACGAUGAUAAUGAAACUAAACAUAAAAAAAAGAAUAAAGGAAGACAUCACUCCCGUCCAGAGAGACAACUGGCUGAUAUGGGAAGCUUUGAAAUUGUUGAAAAUCAAACGGAAGAUGAUAGUGUUGGCCAUCAAGAAUUUAUACCGAACAAAAUGAUCACGAAUAGAAAAAGAAAAAACACUUACGAAGAAAUCGAUUCACAGAGUUCAUUAAUAAAUAGCGAUGCAACUUCAACGCCUGAAGCAAAAAUCGAAGAUGAAAAAGACAGUUCAGAAACUGCUUAUUUAAUUCGAACACCUUCAUUCAAUUACUACCAAACUAACGUAACUUACGGAAUACCUAAUGAUGAAAAACCAAACGAAAAUGAAGAUGAUAAACCUGAUAAUGAUGCAGAAGUUUUUGAAGUUCAAAAUACAUUUAAUAAUACAGAGAAUGAAGUAAAUAUUCAAGAAUCUGUUACUUUUAUUCCAGAUGUACAAAAUACUAUAACAUAUGAACAAAACACAGAAAGUGUAUCUCAAGAUGAAACUAUUAAUAUAGCUAAAGAUGACAAAAAUACAAGCAUAAGAAAACCUAUAAAUAUUGUUGAAGAAUUUAAGAAUAACCAAAGUCAUGUUACAGAUAUAGAUUCUGAAAUCAUGGAUGAUUUAGUCGGUAAAGAUACACGAAGAAUUAACUAUAUUAAUGUAAAUGAAGAAAUAAGUAAAGAAACAAAGAAGCCCAUUGAAAUCUCAACUGUCAAAGAAGAAAUAGAAACACCUGAACAAGAAUUAAAAGUUACAAAAGACUACAUCGAGGCCAUACCUAGCAAUAUUAGGAACCCAUUAUCAGCUCGAAUAAAAUUAGAUGUAUUAAUACAAUUUCCGUCGCAAAUUGAUAUUGGAAAUGAAAUAUAGUUAGUUAUUAAAAAAUU